AUGCUUCAAAGUUAUAUAACGAGUUCCGGCAGUCUGGGAGAAAUCGGGCAGUCUCUUACCAAGGCCGGUCAGUACCACAGCGGACUAGGAAGAGAACAUCAUGAUAUUGAAAGCCUAGUCCAUGCCCACCAAUCAAAUUCUAUCACACAAGAAACCGAUUCGCAGUCCUAUAAUGCGACUUCUCCUACAUACGAACUAGAAAUUUCAAACACCCCCUCUGGACAAGCUACACCGGUCACUUCACACAGCAAAUAUGAGCUGCAGGGGAUUGGUGAGAGUUUUUUUGGCGUCGCACCUGAAAUACCCUGCGGCGAAUCAAUCUUUUCACUCGAAGAUAUGGAAUCUAGUCACAACCAAAUUCUAUGGGGAUCGUCUGCUUCAAUAGAUAUCGAGGCUCGUGCCGCGGCUCAUUAUUCUUUUGUUCAAAACGGUGGUCAAUUUCCUCUUGGUGUCUGGGAUGAUUCGAUGUUCAAAUGCUACUAUCUUGAUGGCGAAUGUCAGCAAUCUUUUCUGGACGAAGAAGCUCUACAAGCACACUUUGAGACUGCUCACUUCGAGUUCAAUCGCAUUAAUCCAUGCCGUCGAUAUAUUUGCAUUCAAUGCUACUCUGUGAAUGCUCCUUUAUGUAAUUGUGGUGGCACAGUCAAAAUGUUCAUCUGUGGAAACUACAUACGGACUGCACAGCUUCCACCCGAGCCGCCAACUAGACAACCUAAUACUUAUACUAUGUUUGAUACAUCAUCGAUAUUUUCAGGCCCGUCUUAUGCAUAUUCGGAUUUUGAGCAAGGGCUUGGCUUAAAUGUCAACGAGGCUCAAAACUUCGACAACAGCGUCAACACCCAUCUUUACAGAGAUGGUAGUAGCAUUUAUUCGGACCCUAAUGCUGGUACAUUUGGUGCCUAUACCUAUGAUUCUACGCAACCAGGAGGGAAUAGAUAUAAUAGAAAUGUAUGGAUGUCCACCCAAAGACUAAACAAGGCUGCUGUAAUUCCUAUACGCCAUCGUGCGGUGAAGCUCGGACAUGCCUCGAAGCAACAAAAGAUCUCGAUUUUUAUACUACUAUCCUUGAUGCUUAUACUUACUAGCACACAACUAGUCCAUUGUAUCAUAUCUACCGUUUCGAAAAUCGAUGAAUUCCUGCCUAGUAUCCCAACUCUGGGAUUUAUAGGUUUUCUAGUAUCUUUCGCUACAACUUGGGCUACGAGACAUAUUCAUUCAAUCCAUAAAGCGAAGAAGUAUAAAAUGGUAAGUUCUGAUGAUGUUCCCUUGGCUCAAGGAAGAAGCUCUGACGAUAGUCGUGUCCAUAGCAUCGAUGUCCUCUUCAUGCAUUUACGCCUCUAG